UGUUAUAUUUGUUUUACUUAACAAAAAUUUUAUUUUUUUUUCUUUGUUAGACUAAAAUUUUGUGAAAAUGGUUAGUAAAUUUAUUCACCUCUUUGGUACUAUUAUAUUAUUAGGUGUGGGACUGUUUAAUUAUUAUAUUGAUGAUUCUAAUUACAUUGAUGAAAAUGUGACACCUACUUUUACUGCUGAUCCGAACCAAGUUCCAAAGUCAGAAAUGUUAUAUUCUAACACUUCGAAGAUUUAUCGAAAAACAUCAAAAAUUGAGAGAAGUACAAUAUCAAGAGAAAAUGAAACAAUUCCAAAAAAUAAUAACUUAAAUGAAGUUAAUAAUAAGACAUAUCCACAAGAUAUAAAUAUCAAGAAUCAUUUGAAAACUGCUAUUGAAUAUUUCGACAAACUUUUAAACCUCGAAGAGUGCAAUGAAAGACCCAAUAGCAAUAAUUUAGAAACUAGUGAAUCAAAUUUUACAAGAGUACUAACUUUGAUUAGUGACAGUGCACUUAAUUAUUAUGUAUCUCAGAAAGGUUAUAUUUUUUUUAAAAGUCUAAAGCCACAAAAUAUAGCUACAGAAAUAUUAAAAUUAAUGCCAUUAAACUGUGAACCACAACUGAAUGCAAAUAAAGAAAUAUUUGAAACAUACAAUCAAGUAUUUAAAGAAUAUUAUAGAAAUUUUCCAAAUGAAUACGAUGAUCCUAAAUAUAGUGAAUGCUAUUUAGAGAGUAUUUUGGAACUGAAAAAUAAUAUUCUCAGUAAUUCAGGAGAACAUAGCAACAGAUUACAAAAAAUAAAAGAAUGUAUCGCAUUAAAGGAGAAAAUUAAGGAAAAAUUUACACAUAGAUCUGGUCAUUUCACAACAUAAUGGCGAAUAUCACAAUAACAAGAUGGGUGAAGUUCAUUACAUUAACAUUUUGCUUCCUUUUUACGAUCAGCAAAAAAAUUUUCUUCCUCGUGGAGGAAGUAAUAACAUUUUAUAUCAUUCUUUGGAAAAUGUCUUUUAGAAAUUGAUACAGUAUAUUUAGUAAAUUAAAAUGAAAGAAGUUUUUAAAAGAAUAAGUAAUUUUAAUUAAUUAGCUUUAAUCCUGAAUAAAGAAAAAAUAGGGUUGCCACAAAAAUUUUAUUUUCCCUGGCGGGCGGGUUUCACUGAAUAUCUACUGAAUUCGGUAGACGUUCGGUAUACGUUCGGUAAUUGGUCGAAAAAUUCAAUAAAAAAGCAUAGAAUGUUGAAAUAAACUAUUGAAAAUAAUAAAUGGAGUAUUAAAGUGUAAAUUUAUCCAACAUUUAGGGUAAAUUAUGUUGUAAAUAAUUAAAUAUUAAUGUGUAAAGUGUAAAAGUGCUAAUGUGACAGUUGAAAUAGUGUGUGAAAUUUAUUAAUUUGUAAUGAAAAUAAGAAUAGAAUGCUAAAAAAAGCAAUCAAUAUAUAUUCUUUGAUAUGUAAUGUAUUUAAUUCAUUAUAUAGUUUUGUUAAUUGUUGCAUAUUAACAAUAAAAACAUUAAUUAAAGUAAUAAUUUUUUCUACCAAUGUAAAGUGUCGAUAACAUGGAGUGUAGAGAAAGGUAGCCGCGCUCAACACACGCUAGGUGGCAAUACUCACGAUUUCCUUGUCUGAAUCGUCUGAAUAUUUAAUUUACAAUUUAAUUAAAUACUAUUAAAAUAGACCAAAUUAUCAAGAAAACUAAAGAGUCAAUUAUAGAAAAUAUUGAUUUAAUAUUCAUGAUUAACAUUUAUGCACGAUUUAUUAUAAAACUUUUUGAAAACAAUUAUAAUUCUUUGUAUAUGGGCAAUUCCACGUAAAAUUUCAGUCGACCUUUAGAAUCGGCAAAACAUACUUUUUUCUUUUCUAUAUUGAAAAAAACCGGAGAGGUAUCUUUUUCUAGGACAAAUUUUUGAGUUAUGAAUUUUCAAAAUUUUCGUUUUUUAAAUGCAGAUCUAUUUUUAAUGUCGAAUAACUAAAAAAUAUUGUUUAUUUUUAUUUUUUGACAAGAGAAAAAAGUUUUGUUCUUCCCUGUACUAUUCAAUAAUGAUAACAAUAUUUUUUUAUGUUUUAUUAAAAAAAUAAAAAAUUUUUAUAAACAAAUUAGGUUUUUUUUAACUUUGGGUAUGACAAAUUUUUCUUCUUUAAAAAACAUACCUAAAAAUGCUGGAAAGUUAACAAAUAAGAAUAUUUGUAGAAAAAAUAAUGUUUCCUUUUUUUCCAUUGCCAUGGAAAACAAUUCAAAACAUAUGUAAAUUCUCUCAAAAACUUAAAAAACUUAUUAGCACAAACAAUUAUAUUUGUUAUAAAAAAAAUUAUUUACUUCUUAAACGAAUUAAUAAUUGCUUCUUUCUGAAAAAAUUAAUAUAAAACAUUUUUAAAAUUCAAUUACAGGCAAACCUCUCUAAGGCGGAAAGCAAUUUUUAGUGGCCAAAAGUUUUUAUUUUCUUUUUAGGGGGUUGAGACUAAAUGUUAAAUUUUUAAAAAAUGAAAUAUAUUCACCAUUUUUUUAUUAAGGCAACGAAUCAAAGAAUUGCUUUUUGUAAAUAGGAGGAGUUUAAAUAUUA